ACAAAAAUAAUUCGAAUUGCGUCUUCUGUCUUGACAACAAGAACGGAUCCUCGUCAAGGAAAAUAAGUGUUUUUGCGACAUCAAUGUAGCAAUUAAGCAUUAAAUCACUCUUCUCUAUUGUGGAGUGUAGUUAGUAAUGGUUGUAAUUAUUGUUUUUUGAUUUUUAAUAUACGUUUUGUUCUAUGAAUUUCCUUUGAAAGUAGUCUUCCAUUCUUAACCUCUACUAGUAAUGGACAAUCCAUUCACAAUGUCUGAAGAAUCUGAAAUCAGCAAAAGCACUGAAAAUGUGUUUCAAGAGUGUAAUUUAAGUUACAGUGAUAUUGCUAAUAAAUUAUUGAAAGAUAAGCUUCUAUUAACAGCGUUAGAACUACACUCUGAACUUAUUGAAACUGGGCGAGAAAUACCACGAUUGAAAGAAUACUUUUCCAAUCCUGGAAACUUUGAAACGCAAUCAGUCCGUCAAGAAUUUAUUCCAAUACCAAGAUCUUCGUCGCAAGUGACUCUGGACUCGUUGGACAUGACUCGCUUCUCGGAGGAUGGCGAACGUGGAGGCGUCGAUGAACGAGUUGCUGUGCUCGAGUUUGAACUGAGGAAGGCCAAAGAAACCAUCAAUGCUCUGAGAGCUCGGCUCACUGUUGCUACAGAAUGUGAAACACCUACAACGGAUAAUGGAUUGGGAAUAAAAUCCCUCCAUUGUGAACCAAUCAAGCCUCAUGAGCAGAGGGCACUCAAUUUCCUUUUGAAUGAGUAUUUACUCAUGCAUGGAUAUAAAUUGACGUCCAUUACAUUUGCUGAUGAAAAUGAGGAUCAGGAUUUUGAAGACUGGGACGACGUUGGUUUGAACAUUCCAAAGCCAGCUGAACUCUUGCAACUAUACAGAGAUGCAAUGCGACAAGGUGGCUAUAUGACUGAAACUAAAACAGAAAUAUCAACUCAGACUGAAGAAUUGAACAAUGAUUAUGCUUCCGGGGAGAGUAAAACAUUGAUUACUGAAAAUCAAGAAUUGAAAGAUAGGAUCUUCCAGUUGGAAACUGAAAAGUCUGAACUUUUGGCUAAAAUUGAAAGGUUGAACGAACCGGUUCAGCCGGUGACGACUCACUUUUCGAUGUCGACCACGACUGUGUCGAGUAGCUCUGUGACAGCGACCGCAGAGCAUUGCGGCGACGAGCAGACGCGACUGAGCACGCACAGCGGAACGCCAGAGCACUUCGAAAUCGUGCCGGCUGGCGAGGAGACGGACGGAGCGACGGAGCGGGAACGCGAGCGGGACGAUGCGUCGAGCCUGAACGAGACUGAGUGGCUGCGAGUGACCGACUCUGAGACGGGCAGCGGUGUGUCCGCCCUCGAGCGACUGGAGCCAGCCGGCGCCGAGGCUCGAGGCUCGCCGAUCGACAUUCUCAACAGCGCCUCCAGUUUGAAGAGGCCUCUACCAGUAGUAUUCCAAAAAGAAGUGCUAGCCAAGUGCUUUGUUAAUACUUCGAAAGUGACGGAAACUCCUCUCUUGCAAGAUAUAUUACUAGAAGGCAUCUCACAAGAAAAGCUUGUUCAUAUAUUAGCUGUUAGUUUACCAAGAAUCAUUCCAAAUAUAGUGCUCAACAAACGAGACGAAGCAGUUCCUUUGAUUAUAUCAACCAUUCAUUUGAGUCCUAAUCCAGUUGAAAGGGAAGGCCUAAUACAGUUGCUAUUCAACUUGAAGAAGAGGCCACACGAGGAUGAAAGAAGGAUCAUUCUGACUGGUAUGGUUGGUUUAGCGAGAGUGACAGACGCACAUGUAGUGGAGGGUGAACUUUUGCCGCAGUGCUGGGAACAGAUGAACCAUCGCUACGUCGAAAGGCGGCUGCUAGUGGCUGAAGCAUGCAGUGCCCUUGCUCCAUAUGUGUCUAGUGCUUUGAGGAAUUCACUGCUUCUAUCGAUGUUGCAACAGCUGCUUGUUGAGGACAGAGAGGAGACGGUGAGACUGAGCUGCGCCAAGAGUUUGACAUUGGUCAUUGCUCUCAUUGCUGAUGUAGAUAAAUAUUCACAGUGUGAAGAACUAGUAUUAAUAGCUUUACAAGACAACUCGGCAAAUGUUGUUCAGGCUACCAUUCAAAUGUUGUUACCAGUUCUAGCGAAAUGGGCAUUCGAUCUCCAAAGACUGCAAUCACAUCUAUUGACGAAAAUAUUGUAUCUGAUAAAGACAUAUCUUCAGAAAGAGGAUAAACCCAAUGCUAAUGAAUCGCCAUUGAGAAACAAACCAGCAUUGGACAUCAGAACAUCAUGGAUCAUCAAUGCCUUCCGGUCUCUACUUCCUUAUUUGCUCAUGAGUGUGGCAACUGUGCAAGAUGUAACCCAGAGAAUAGAUUCCAGUCUCCCUCAGGCAGAGUCAAGAAGUGGAUUCGCUGAUCUCUGCCGAAGUUUGACAAAUCCAGCUGUCUUCUACGAUGGAGAGUACAAGGUUGGAGCUAUAAUGAGUGCCUUUGAUUCUGCAAUAACCACUAUUGAAUGGCCUGAACUCACCUGGGUCUCUGAAACCAUGGUUCCGGAGUUACUGAAUGACUUGGAACAUGUGAGAAUAGACCAAGAAGAAAUACUUUUCUCAUUCAUAUCAUUUUUUAAAGCUCUAAACGCCGGAUUCGGACGAUUCUUUGCCAAACAAAAGGUUAAAAGUUUGUUCAUGGAGAAGCUUCAAAUUCUAGAAUCGAGUCUGACAAGCGUUGGCAACGAAUUUCCUACCUGCUCAAUCAUUCCUGUAUUCCUUUUAGCUGUUGAAGCUCCAUAUCAGGUAACUAACAAUGCUUAUUUAUCAAUAUUACUUGAGUUAUUCAUUACAUUCGUUAAUUAUAAUGUACAAAAUUAUUAUCUACUCCACUCAAAAAUAAUAUGUUUUACAGGAGUCGUCCAUCCAAGACACGUUGUGAGGCACGCCACUGCCAACCUGUUUUUGUAUGUGAUACCGAACGUAGGCGAAUCCAUCACUACAAAUAGAAUAGUUCCUGCCCUUAUAACCCUCGCCAGUGAUCCUCAACUAGCUGUUAGAACUGCAACUAUACCGGUAUUUGGUGCCUUGAUCGAAAAUUCAACCAAUAAAGAGGUGCUUGAUAAAACCUACUUUCAACUACAGAGCUUUCUAAGUGAUCCGGCUGCUAGGGAUGACCAUGCAACCGUUCUACAGCUAGUUACAACGCUUGGCCGAAUCGUGUCCAAUUGUGACUCCUGGUUCAGAGAGGAAGUAAUCCUCCCACACUUAGCCGCCAUGGCUGCUUACACGAUGCAACUCACCAAUCAAACUCGUCGAAUAGAUCUCGGUACCACGCUGGUCGAGGCUUUCUCCGCAUCUGUCUAUUGCUCACUUUCAAAAAAUACUAUCACCACUGUCUUAUUACCAGGAUUAGGUUACCUUGAGAAUCUAUGCAGCCAGUCUUUGCCAAGUCAUCAUGGAAGCGUCCUCAUUAUGAUACAAGAAGCUGAAUCUAGAAGUGAUAUUAAUAAACCGAUUGAAAGGUCUUCCAGUGGGAUGAGUCUAGCUCAAGCAACCAGUAAUGUUGGCCAGGGCGUAGAAGACAUGAAGCAAAAAAUGACAAAGAUUUUUCAAACUCCGUUAUCAAGGCCUACUAAUCUUCCGAAUCUCCAGAGUAUUUUUAGGAAAAAGUAAUUUUUUUAAUCAGGUCUACUUUGAAUUCUCACUCUUUACUAUGAAGUAUUAUGUAGAAUUAAUUUAAAUAUACAGUGUAUUAUAUAUUACCUAGUAUUUUUUCAAUUCACUCUCAAAUCAAUGUAUUAUUUGCAAUGUUACUUAUAAUUGUUGUUGCUUAUGUAUUAUAAGAUUUUAUCAUGGUUCAUUGUACACUUUUAUUAUUAUUUAUUUUAAGAGAAUACAGCACAUGAAGACUGUUAA